AGGUGGGGAGCAGUCCAAUCAUUGAGGUGGAUACUGGUGUACAGAAUACAUGCGUACCUCGAGAUGAUUGCACAGGUCACUUUACGUGUGGCCCUAAUGGUGAGAAAAUAUGUCUAGAAAACUGGGAAGGUCCCAACUGUACCGAACGUUCUCUCCCACCAGCCUUAGAUCCACAGUGUCCUGAUAGUGGGUUCUGCGUAAGGGGACAAUGCUUCAGACAGGCUUGCUGCUGUGAAGAACACUAUACUGGGUUUCUCUGUGAUGAACUUAUUAGGUACUGUUUGAGUAACCCAUGCCAAAAUGGAGGCACGUGUCGCGAAAGACCAGGAGGGGGUGGUUACAUCUGUACAUGCCCAGAGCAAUCAACAGGCAUCAACUGUGAGACAAGAACUGGCUGCCCACCAAACUAUUACGGUCCAACAUGUGAAGUAUUUUGCCAAGCUCAAAACAGCUGUGAUGGAGGACAUUAUACAUGUGAUCAAUUAAGUGGAGCAAAGAUUUGUAGGCAAGGUUGGAGAAAUUCAUUGAUGAACUGCACUGAGAAGACUAUCUCACCAGAGAUUGACCCUGACUGUCCCACUACAGGACAAUGCAUACGUGGAACAUGUUUUCGCCAAGGUUGCUGCUGUGAUGAUCAUUAUACAGGAACAUUCUGUGAAAUACCAGUCGACUACUGUGAAGGUGCCCCAUGUCUUAAUGGUGGGACAUGCACAUCACAAUUAGGUAGUUAUACUUGCACCUGCUUGCCACAAUUCACAGGAAAGAAUUGUGAGACAAAUCUCUGUGAUCCAAACUAUUAUGGACCUACUUGUUCUAUGUUCUGUUUACCCGCUAAUGACUGUGUCAGAGGACACUACACCUGUGACAGAGUGACCGGACAAAAGCUAUGCCGUCCAACAUAUAACGAUCCAAUCAAUGAUUGUAAACUAAAAAGUACACCACCAGAACGUGAUCCAAACUGUCCUUCACCAUCAUUUUGUGUAAAUGGCUACUGCUUCAACCAAGGAUGUUGUUGUGAUGAUAACCAUGGUGGGGAUAGAUGUGAUCUACCAAUCAACCCAUGCCAUAGCAACCCUUGCCAAAAUGGGGGAACUUGUUCUGAAGUUAGUGGUACAUAUAUCUGUCAAUGUCUUCCUCAAUUCUCUGGAAUUCAAUGUGAAGAAUCAAUCUGCCUACCAAACUACUAUGGGCCAAACUGUGAUGUAUAUUGUAUACCAGCUGAUGACUGUCAAUAUGGACAUUAUACAUGCAAUCCACUUACAGGUCAAAAAGAAUGUCGACCAACUUAUGCAAACCCAGAAAACGAUUGUAAGACAAAAAUUACACUACCAGAGAAUGAUCCAAACUGUCCAACUGACACUCCAUGUAUUUAUGGGUAUUGUUGGAAUAGUAACUGCUGCUGUCGGGAGCAUUACAUGGGAUCUCGUUGUGAAUCAGCUAUACCUUAUUGCUAUAGUCGGCCUUGUCAAAAUGGAGGAACCUGCCAGGACAUUCUUGGUGGUGUGAUAUGUCAUUGCAAUCCCAGAUACACAGGACUUUAUUGUGAAACAAUCGUUGAUAACUGUAGCAGUCAACCAUGCCAAAAUGGGGCAACAUGCACUUCAGUAGUUGGUGGAUAUGUGUGUACCUGUCUUCCAUAUUUCACUGGGACUUUAUGUGAAACAUAUGAUUCUCCAUGCCCUCCAAACUACUAUAGCCCACCAGAGUGUAAUAUUUAUUGCUUGGCUGCAGAUGAUUGUGAUAGAGGACACUAUGAAUGUGAUCAAUAUACUGGUGCUAAGAUUUGUCUUCCUGGUUAUGCAGUUCCUGAAAAUGACUGUAAAGUAAAGACGAUUCCACCACCAUCCGAUCCAGAUUGCCCAACUGAUUCUCCUUGUGUUAAUGGAAGAUGCUAUAGACGAGGAUGCUGUUGUGACAACCAAUACACUGGCAAUCGAUGUGAAGUAUUCUUCAACUACUGUAUCAGUCAACCAUGUUUAAAUGGAGGAACAUGCAAUCCUAUUGUUGGUGGUUACACAUGUACUUGUUUGAUUGACUACACAGGCACUCAUUGUGAAACAUAUGACCCGCAAUGUCCUCCAAAUUACUACAACCCACCUGCUUGCAAUGUUUACUGUUCUGCUGCAGAUGAUUGUGAUAGAGGGCAUUAUACAUGUGAUCCCAAUACAGGAGCGAAAGUUUGUCUGCCUGGAUAUGCAGUUCCUGAAAAUGACUGUAAAUUCAAGACAAUUCCUCCACCAACUGAUCCAGAUUGCCCAACUGACUCUCCAUGUGUUUAUGGAAGAUGUUAUAGACGAGGGUGUUGCUGUAAUGAACAUUACACUGGCACUAGAUGUGAAACAUUUAUAAACUACUGCAUAAGCCAGCCUUGUUUGAAUGGAGGCACAUGUAAUCAAAUUGUAGGUGGGUACACGUGCACUUGCUCAAGGGACUUCACGGGCACUCAUUGCGAAACAUAUGAUCCACAAUGUCCUCCAAAUUACUACAACCCACCUGCUUGCAAUGUGUACUGUCUUGCUGCAGAUGAUUGUGAUAGAGGGCAUUAUACUUGUGAUCCCAACACGGGGUCAAAGUUUUGUUUACCUGGAUAUACAAUGCCUGAAAACAAUUGUACAAUUAAAACCAUACCACCCCCAUCUGAUCCAGAGUGCCCAACUGACUCUCCAUGUGUUUAUGGAAGAUGCUACAGACAGGGAUGCUGCUGUAACAAUCAUUACACCGGUGAUCGAUGUGAAACAAUUAUUGAUUACUGUAGCACUCAACCAUGUCAAAAUGGGGCAACAUGCAGUCCAGCAGCUGGUGGACGUGGAUAUGUAUGUACAUGUCUUCCAAAUUUCACAGGGAUGUUGUGUGAAACAUACAACUGUCCCCCCAAUUAUUACAACCCACCAGAAUGUAAUAACUAUUGCUUGGCUGCAAAUGAUUGUGAGAGAGGACAUUAUACAUGUGAUCAAUAUACUGGUACAAAAAUUUGCCUUCCUGGUUAUGCUGAACCUGAAAUUGACUGUAAAGUCAAAACAAUACCACCACCAUCUGAUCCAGAUUGCCCAACUGACUCUCCAUGUGUUAAUGGAAGAUGCUACAGACAGGGAUGCUGCUGUGACAAUCAUUACACCGGUGAUCGAUGUGAAACAAACAUUGACUACUGUUUAAGCAGACCUUGUCUGAAUGGGGGUACCUGUAUUCCUUCAUUAGGAGGGUUUACAUGUACUUGUGUACAAGGUUUCACUGGAAUCUUAUGUGAAACAGCUAUUGGGCAGUGCCCUCCUAACUACUUUAACCCACCAGAAUGUAACAUUUAUUGCUUGGAGGCAGAUGAUUGUGAUAGAGGACACUAUACAUGCGAUCCUAACUCAGGAGCCAAGAUAUGUAGAGAAGGAUGGGAUAGACCAGAAUUGAACUGUACAUUGAGGACAGUACCUCCAAUAAUUGAUCCAGAAUGCCCUGAUGAAUCCCCAUGCAUUCAUGGUCAAUGCCACAAGAAAACAUGCUGUUGUUUUGAUAACUAUCAUGGACAAUACUGUGAAAUUCUUAUAACACCAUGCACAAGUGAACCAUGUCAGAAUGGUGGAACUUGCAACUUGGUGGACAACACCUACACUUGUACAUGUCUGCCUGAUUUCACAGGAACUCACUGUGAGAUUUCUAUUAGAGUUUGUCCACCCAACUACUUUGGGCCUAACUGUGAGACAUUUUGCUUAGCAGCUGAUGAUUGUGAUAGAGGUCAUUAUACAUGUGAUUCUAACUCAGGAGCCAAGAUAUGUCGAAAUGGAUGGGAUAGACCAGAAUUAAAUUGCACAUUGAGGACUGUGCCCCCAGUAGUUGACCCAGAAUGCCCUCCCGAACCAUGUGUUUAUGGGCAAUGCCAUAAUGGAACAUGCUGUUGCUAUGACAAGUACACUGGACCAAGGUGUGAAAUCCCCAUAACUACAUGCACAAGUCAACCAUGCUUGAAUGGAGGGACAUGCCAGGUUAUUGAAGGUGGUUAUACCUGUUUUUGUCCUGUAGACUACACAGGACAGAAUUGUGAAACCUACAUAAGGAACUGUCCUCCAAAUUACUAUGGGCCUAGAUGUGAGGUAUAUUGUCUUGGUGCUGAUGAUUGUGAUAGGGGACAUUAUACAUGCGAUCCUAACUCAGGAGCCAAGAUAUGUCGAAAUGGAUGGGAUAGACCAGAAUGGAAUUGCACAUUGAGGACAGUGCCCCCAGUAGUUGACCCAGAAUGCCCUCCCGAACCAUGUGUUUAUGGACAAUGUCAUAAUGGAACAUGCUGUUGCUAUGACAAGUACACUGGAUCAAGGUGUGAAAUCCCCAUAACUACAUGCACAAGUCAACCAUGCUUGAAUGGAGGGACAUGCCAGGUUAUUGAAGGUGGUUAUACCUGUUUUUGUCCUGAAGACUACACAGGACAGAAUUGUGAAACCUACAUAAGGAACUGUCCUCCAAAUUACUAUGGGCCUAGAUGUGAGGUAUACUGCCUUGCUGCUGAUGAUUGUGAUAGGGGACAUUAUACAUGCGAUCCUAACUCAGGAGCCAAGAUAUGUCGAAAUGGAUGGGAUAGACCAGAAUGGAAUUGCACAUUGAGGACAGUGCCCCCAGUAGUUGACCAAGAAUGCCCUCCCGAACCAUGUGUUUAUGGGCAAUGUCAUAAUGGAACAUGUUGUUGCGAUGCCAACCACACUGGACAAAGGUGUGAAAUCCCCAUUACUUCAUGCACAAGUCAGCCAUGCUUGAAUGGAGCAACAUGUCAGGCUGUUGGAGAUAGAUACAACUGCAUUUGUCCUAUAGGCUACACAGGACAGAACUGUGAGACCUACAUAAAGACCUGUCCUCCAAAUUACUAUGGGCCUAGAUGUGAGGUAUACUGCUUAGAUGCUGAUGACUGCUUAAAUGGCCAUUACACUUGUGACCCCGACACAGGAGCCAAAAUCUGCAGAGCUGGGUGGGGUUGGCCAGACUAUAAUUGUACAUUGAGGACUGAACCCCCAAUAAUUGAUCCAGAAUGCCCUGAUGAUAGCCCAUGUGUAGGGGGACAGUGUCAUAAGAAGACAUGUUGCUGCUAUGGUAAUUAUUAUGGUCCCCGCUGCGAAAACAUAAUAAGUCCUUGUUCUAGCAAUCCAUGUAAGAAUGGUGCCACUUGCAACAUCAUAGAAAAUGGCUAUAUGUGCACGUGUCUGCCAGAUUAUACAGGAAGGCACUGUGAAACAUACAUACCAAACUGUCCACCUCACUAUUACGGGCCUGGGUGUAGUGUGUUCUGCUUUGCCACAAACAGUUGUGAAGGAGGUCAUUAUGCAUGUGACCCAACAUCUGGUGCUAAGCUCUGUUUGCCUGGCUGGAGUUCCCCAGAGAUAAACUGUACCCUGAAAGAAACUCCGCCUCCUGUGGAUCCUGACUGCCCUGAUGCUCGGCCAUGUAGCAAUGGACAAUGUUUCAACAAGACUUGUUGCUGUAUAGACAACUGGACUGGAGCAUUUUGUGAAGUUCCAAUCACACCAUGUACCAGCAAUCCAUGUUUAAAUGGAGGUACAUGCAUCACUAGUGAGAAUGAAUACCGAUGUGAAUGUCUGCCAGGUUACACAGGAAGUAACUGUGAGAGCUUCAUAGCAUCCUGUCCUCCAAAUUACUAUGGGCCUAGAUGUGAAGUGUACUGCUUAGCUGCUGAUGACUGUGAAAGGGGGCAUUACACAUGUGAUCCUAACACCGGGACUAAAGACUGUUUACCUAACUGGUAUGGCACAGACUGCAAGGUACGCAAUCUCCCACCAAUACUAGAUCCAGAAUGCCCUGAUAUUGGUGUCUGUCUUAAUUUUGGACAAUGUCAUCAAAAAACGUGCUGCUGUACGCCUGGCUUUACAGGUUCUAGAUGUGAAACUCCUAUAUCUGCAUGUAAUAGUGAACCGUGCCAGAACCUGGCAUCUUGUCAGCCUUCAGAGAGCGGCUACCAAUGUUUGUGCAGGGAUGGCUACACUGGAGUACAUUGUGAGAGUUACCUAUCAUGUAUAAGUCAGCCAUGUCAGAAUGGAGGGACAUGCUUACAAAAUCCAGAUGGAGGAUAUCGAUGUGCAUGUCCAGAAGGCUACACUGGCAUCAACUGUUCAGUGCCACCUAGUGGCUGCCCGCCUGGCUACUACAACCCCCCUGAAUGCAACACCUACUGUGCCCCACAGGACAGCUGCGAGAAUGGGCACUAUACAUGUGACAGAACAACAGGGGCGAGAAUCUGCAACCCAGGUUGGUCAAGCAUAACUGAAAAUGACUGCAAAUUUAGGACAGUUCCUCCAAUUUACGACCCAGAAUGUCCAAUCCCAGCUGGAUGUGUCAAUGGCUUUUGUUUUAACCAAUCAUGUUGCUGCCAUGAUCACUACACCGGUGUAUUAUGUGAAACAAUCAUAGACUAUUGCAUAAGUCGGCCAUGUUUCAAUGGAGGUACUUGUCACCCAGAAAAAGGCAGAUUCACAUGCCAGUGUCUUCCCCAGUAUACAGGGACUUAUUGUGAAUUGCCACUAGAUACACUCAUAUUGGCAUCUGAUACAAAUCAAGAAUAUAUAGACUUGUGAUUCAGAUGUUACUGUGUUUCAUUAUGAUGCAAAUAUAUGUAUUAACCGUAGAUGUAUUUUUAUAAACUUUAUAACCA